UGACUGCGCUUAAUGGGCAGAGAGCAGGAGCGCUACGCCGCGCGGAGAGGCGCUCAGGGAGGGAGGUACCGGCUACAUACCGCAGUUAGAGCCCAUCGCGAACAGCAACUCGCAUCUAUACAUACCGCAUACUGAACAACGGGACAUAUCUGUGGACGUCCUCAUCCGAGACGCGAUGAAUCGCUGCACGGCUGCGUUACUUCUCCUGGUUAUUGCUAUCUAUUCCUUGAACGUCGAAGCCUACAAGUGCCGCUGUACCCGAAAAGGACCGAAGAUCCGCUACAAGGACGUGCAGAAGUUGGAGAUCAAACCUAAACACCCCUUCUGCCAGGAGAAGAUGAUUUUUGUGACCAUGGAGAACGUAUCACGGUUCAAAGGUCAGGAAUAUUGCCUGCACCCCAAACUGCAGAGCACCAAGAACCUGGUGAAGUGGUUCAGGAUCUGGAAGGACAAACACAGGGUAUAUGAAGCUUGAGACUGUCCUGGAUAUGCAAGGGUAGAAAAUGAAAGGAAGAACAGGAUGUUUUUACAAAGCACAAGACAUAUCCCAAAACAAACAGCUAUGGCUGGCACAGAUGUGUUGGGUGGGAUUUAUCAAGGACGACAGAUAUAUAUUUUUUUGUUUUGCUGGUGCCAUUUUAAAAUCAAGUAUCCUAGUAGAACUGACUUAAAAUAUCAGUUUGUAGCAAAUGGCCUAUAUGUAUAUAUUUGACUAUAUAUCUAUAUCAGAAUUAACCUAUAUUGCUGUGGGACGAGUCCUUGGUAUAUCUGCUCCAUAGUGCUUGUGUAGAGAAUGGUAGUCCUGGAAUGAUUUAUGUCUAUGGGACUGUGUAACUCUUUGCAAGCACAUGAUUGCAGUGGUAUCUCCUGGACAUGACACUCCUGUAAUUGUGUGCUUUCCAGAAGUAUCAGAAAUAUGGUACAGGAGUGAAAUGGAAGAAGGGGUUUUUAUUAAAACCUUUUAAUUCUUUAUGUUAAAAUCAGUUUUCCCCAUACCCUCCCAUAAUUCCUACUUUAUAUAUAUAUAUAUAUAUAUCUCAACAUAACGACUGCUGUAUAAGUAUUUCAUUGUAUGAAUCAUUAUUGUAGGUGGAUUUAUUUAUGAAUGACAUCUAAGUGACAUUUAAGGCUCUGGGCAGCGUCAUGAUGACUCUCAGCAUUCAGUUGGAAAGGUUGUAGCCUGAAGUCAGUGGUGGCUACAGAUUUUUUUUUUUUGUCUUGGGUGGGCGGGGUUCAAAAUAGUAAAAUGGGGCGAGGGGCAUCAAAAGAGGAAAAAUGAAGGCUUUCACCAUCUUUUUACUAAACGCAAAAUAUAGAUGAAAACUUUUUUUUUUUUUAAAGUACACAAUUAUGGCUAUGCCUCAUUCUACAUUAUAUGAUCUAUAUCAAUCAAGGGGGGGGGCUGCCUGACUUUUAACUAUGCUUUUCCUGGUUUAAGGGUUCCCGGUUUAUUUGGCAUUUUGUGUGAAAUGCGUUGUCAGGUUUGUGAGUACAAGGCAAAGUCCUGCAUUUCAUAUCAGUGACAGCAUUUAACGAGAACCCUAAAUGUGGUCUGUAAUCGGCAAUCUGUUUCCCCAGAGAUACUGAAGAGUAUCUGUAAGGGAGUGGUGAGGUUUUACAAUGGGAUUGGUCAGUUCAUCCUCAGAUUUACUCCGUCUGUUUCAAGUGAACAUGUGUCCAUCCAUGCAAAGACCCUUAUUUCUUAGGGAUGAUAUUUUUAAGUGUUUACUGCCACCUGUCUUUGGUUUACUGCCACUAGCAUUUUCCACCAAACUGAAGGUUUGUAAAUCUAAUACUUUUUCUUUGCUAAACCUGUGCAUUUCACUUGUUUUAUAUCUUAUAUAUACAAAUGUAUAAAUGAGCACAUUGUAAAUAAAUAUUAAAUGGUUCAGGUAAAAUUCAUUUAAUAUAUCUUAGUGUAUUGCAGUUAUCAUUUUGCUAUUUAAAUGUUCAAUAACAUUCAUGUCAGAAUUUUUCUUUGGAAUUUAUCAUCCAACAUGUUUUUAAGGCAUUCCAAGGAGAGUGUGUAAUUACCAAGCAAUAAAAUAAGUUUGAAAUGAUAA